GUUUCUUUGAAUUUUUAACACUUAAUAAUAAUAUGUAGAUAGUAUUAUAGCUGAUAGCGGAUACGUCAAGAUGGAAGGCGCCAAAAGCUGAGCCUUCGUCGUUUGUAAAAGCGGAGAAGCGGAGAGCGCGGUCUGUGCGAGCGCAGGCUCGGCGGCCACAGGCUGGAGGCGCUGCGCCGACAGUCGCGGCAGAUAGCCGCGCGCCGCGUCCGUCGCGUGCAGUUCACGGAGCGGACGCGGGAUGGCGCACACGGCGCCGACGGAGCCGAAAGCGGCGCCUCCGAGAUGUCCGGCGGCAGUGGCGGCGGCGGCUCCAGUGCUGACGGGCGGCGUCCCUCCACCUGCCGCGUGGACAUGGGCGCGCUGCUGGCGUCCGAGCCGCGCCCGCUCGACAGCAAGGUUAAGCGGCACAGCAUCCACGGGAUGACGGAAGAAGAAAAUGUGGUUCGACCACAUCAGGAGAUGGCCGUGCUGUCUUUGGAGGAGAAGAAGUACCUGCUGGGCGUGGAGCGAGGAGACGUGGCGGGGACGCGGCGCGUGCUGCAGCGGGCCCGCGACACCGGACACAUCAACGUCGACUGUGUGGACCCGCUCGGACGCAGCGCGCUGCUCAUGGCCAUUGACAACGAGAACCUCGAGAUGGUGGAGCUGCUCCUCGAGUUCGGCGUGGAGACCCGCGACGCACUGCUGCACGCCAUCUCCGAGGAGUUCGUCGAGGCCGUGGAGGCCCUGCUCGACCACGAGGAGCGGACCAGGAAGCCCGGCGAACCGAACAGUUGGGAGGCGCUUCCGCCGGAGACGGCCACGUUUACGUCUGACAUCACGCCGCUGAUCCUGGCGGCGCACCGGGACAGCUACGAGAUCAUCAAGCUGCUGCUGGACCGCGGCGCGCAGCUGCCCGAGCCGCACGACGUGCGCUGCGGCUGCGACGACUGCGUGCGCUCCCGGCGCGAGGACUCGCUGCGACACUCCCGCUCCAGGAUCAACGCGUACCGCGCGCUCGCCUCCCCUUCGCUCAUCGCCCUAUCCUCCAAGGACCCCAUUUUGACCGCUUUCGAGCUGUCGUGGGAGCUGCGCCGGUUGUCCGCAUUGGAACAUGAGUUCAAAACCGAAUACCAGGAGCUCCGCGUUCAGUGUCAAGAGUUCGCGACUGCACUGUUGGAUCACACGCGGACGUCUAAUGAACUUCAGAUCCUGCUGAAUCACGAGAAGGGUGCUUCACCUCAGGCACCGCUCACUGAACCAGGCGCUCCCGAGCGGAUGCGCUUGUCGCGGCUCAAGCUUGCCAUCAAGUUGCGACAAAAGAAGUUCGUGGCGCACCCGAACGUGCAGCAGCUGCUGGCGUCGAUCUGGUACGAGAGCGUGCCCGGGUUCCGCCGCAAGAACAUGCUGCUGCAGGCGGCGGAGAUGGUGCGCAUCGGCGCCAUGUUCCCGCUCUACUCGCUCGCCUACAUCGCGGCGCCGCACUCCGCCGUCGGACGCACGCUCAGGAAGCCCUUCAUCAAAUUCCUCUGCCACUCCGCCAGUUACUUUAUGUUUCUAUUUCUGUUGAUCCUGGCGUCGCAGCGCAUCGAGACGGCGCCGGGCGGGCUGCUGUGGGACGUCUCCCACGACGAGCCGCUCUCCCGGCGCGGCUCCAUGCCCUCCAUAGUCGAGUGGCUCAUACUCGCCUGGGUCAGCGGCUUAAUCUGGAGCGAAGUGAAGCAGCUGUGGGACAUGGGGCUGAGAGAGUACGUACAUGACAUGUGGAACGUCAUCGACUUCGUCACCAACUCGCUGUACGUGGCCACCGUGGCGCUCAGGAUCGUCUCGCACUACCAGGUUCGUCGCGAGAUGGCGAUGGGCCUGCAGUGGAACCAACCUCGCGAGAAGUGGGACGCUUGGGACCCGAUGCUGCUCUCCGAGGGGCUGUUCUCGGCCGCCAACAUCUUCAGCAGUCUCAAGUUGGUGUACAUCUUCAGCGUGAACCCUCACCUCGGUCCGUUGCAGGUGUCGCUGAGUCGGAUGGUGUUGGACAUCCUCAAGUUUUUUGUCUUGGACAUACUCGUCAUAUUUGCGUUCUCAUGCGGGCUAAACCAGUUGUUGUGGUACUACGCGGACAUGGAGAAGAAGCGCUGCACGGUGGGCACCGCGCUCACGCCCAACGGCACCCUGCCCGACCCGGACGCCUGUGUCGUCUGGAGACGGUUUGCUAAUUUGUUCGAGACAAUGCAGACGCUGUUCUGGGCUGCGUUCGGGCUGGUGGACUUGGAUUCGUUCGAGCUCGACGGGAUCAAGAUCUUCACGCGGUUCUGGGGGAUGCUCAUGUUCGGCACGUACGCCGUCAUCAACGUCAUCGUGCUGCUCAACUUGCUCAUCGCCAUGAUGAACCACUCCUAUCAGCUGAUAUCCGAGCGUGCAGAUGUGGAAUGGAAGUUCGCCCGCAGCAAGCUGUGGAUCAGCUACUUUGAGGAGGGUGGAACUGCGCCCCCGCCCUUCAACGUGCUGCCCUCGCCCAAGUCCCUGCUGUACGCCUGGCGGUGGCUGCAGCGCCGGCUCUGUGGGCACGCCCGCGCCAAGCGAGAACAUAUGCGGACUAUUAGGAGAAAGGUGAAGCAAGCCAAUGAGAGAGACUUUCGAUAUCAGGCUAUAAUGCGGAACCUGGUGCGUCGCUACGUGACGGUCCAGCAGCGGCGCGCGGAGAGCGGCGGCGUCACCGAGGACGACGUCAACGAGAUCAAGCAGGACGUCUCCGCCUUCCGCUGCGAGCUCGUCGAGAUCCUGCGCAACUCCGGGAUGAACACCUCCACAGCCAACGCGGGAGCUCCCGGCGGCGGAGGCGGCAAAAAGAAUCGUCAGAAGGAGCGACGCCUCAUGAAGGGAUUCAACAUAGCUCCGGGCGGGUCCCUGGCCCCCGUGGACGAGUUCAUGUCGCCCGUGUCCUGGCUGCAGCACGACCACGGCGUGCCGCACUACUCGCUGUCCACGCUGCUCGGGCCGCGCCUGCGAGCCUCCCAGUCCAGCCUCAGCGACGGACCCGGCGCCGGGAUGAGUGCGUCGCGUCGCAAGCCGCAGCACAAGCGUCGCUGGGGCACAAUAAUCGACGCCGCUCGGGCGGCCCGUGUGUCUCGACUCAUCGGCCGGUCGCGCUCUGAGGACUCUGUCUGCGAUCACGCGCGGCAGUCGCCAAGCGGUAGCGAGCCUUCGGAGUCGGGCAGCGACUCGCAGCGCAGUCCGGAGCGGACGGGAUCUCGGAGUGGACCCUUGCAUCCGUUGACGGCACUGGCGGCCCUCAAGCGGAAGCGAAAGAAAUUCUCGGAUUCCCGGCGGCCCGAAGCCACGGUCCGGCCCGUUCCGGCGCCUGAGAGUCUGCAGCGCGCCAGUUCGGUGCCGGCUCGCGUGCCCCCCGCCGCCCCGCCCCGCGCCCCUCCGCCGCCCGCCGUGUCGCCCUCCACCACCGCCGAGAGCGUGGCCGCGCGCGGAGGCAGCCGGGAGCCGCUGCUGGCCAGCCUCGACGACGAAGCGCACAAGCGGGACGGCUGCGGCCAGUGCGGGUACGAGUCGGGGCCGCAGGGCGGCGGGGAGGCGGGGGGCGGGGCGGGCGAGGCGGAGGGCGCGUGCGGGCGGUGCGCGGCGCUGGCGCGGCUGGCGGGCGUGACGCCGCUGGCGGGCCACGCGCCGCACCACUCCGCGGGCUGGCUCUAGCGGUCGCUUGUGGCGGAACCUUCGAGCCACCCGUUUGCGCGUUGGUCAAUGUCACUACGCCACUUUGCAUUUUAUGUGCGCGACGAGGUUACUGAAAUUUCGAAAACCUUAAAAUAAAUAGUAUAAUUAACAAUAUACCUAUGUCGAAUGGAACGAUAAUUUUAAGUCGUACUGCACAGCGUUUCUAAGAACGAUAAUUCUUAGUCGUGCUGCGAAACUUGCACCAGCAAGAUGAAGUCAGUCUAGCUAAACAAACUGUAAAAUAAUCGCAAAAUAUAAAUAUUUGAGUAACCUCGGCACCGGCACUUAGUAACGAAUAUUCCUGUAAAGCUCCACGAGCAGUUAGCCUGCACUCGCUAUAGCCUGUGUAGCUAAUUAUGACACAUGAUAUAAUAAAAUUAUACUAUUGUAGUUAAACUUAUACACAAAAAUAUAUUUAUCUACGUUAGGUAGUUCUUCCUGUGAAGUUUUAACGAAGACAUAUUUUAUUGAACACCAAUUAGUUAAGUAGAUACAAAUUGAAUUUUGAAUGUAGGUAGAUAUUAUAUACGUGUUAUUCAUAAGGGCUAUAAACUAUUACGUUUCAUGAAAAUAAAUAAUGUAUCGACGUGAGAGCGAGGUGUUGCCUCGAAAAUGAAGUAGGUACCUAUAGAAAGCGUGGCAGCGCCGCACCGCGCACUUUUGGACAAAUUUACUGUAACACCGAAUUAAACGCACUCCCGUACACACAAUGUUCCUUCACACGUUAAUCGAGCCCUAAAUGAAAUGUAGAACUAUUACUUAUUCGAAUACAUACUUCGUUUUCAAGGUAACAUCACGCUAAGUUUACGUUUAAGGGAUAAGAUAGAAAUGUAACUUGAUAAUGUGUUCCAUGAAAGUUUUCCAAUAAGUUACUAUGUCUGCGCGCACAUUUAUAGACUUAAGAGCUGAACACAGGGAUUUUGAUGAUGCGCUCUCCGUACAACGCGCAUUACCACGAUUGUAACAAUCCCAUUAUAAGAUACUUAGAAUAGAGGACAGGAGCGGGCUCUGUGAUACUUUAGCUCCCGAUGUCAUUGACACCAAUAUUGCGUCCAUCAACGUCAUCUGAUAUAAUGUUCCUCUGUCACCGAACCGAUCAGGGUAAGUUCAUCAAGAUUAUAUGCUACAUAUUUAAGUAUAGACGGGUGACAACCAUAGACAACGAAAUGCAUUUGUUCCUGCACUGAACUACUCCAGUACCCACGAGCUUGUCGCCUCCUACACAAGUCCGCACGGCGUAGCCACGUGUAGAUGCAAUGCUUUAACACUUCACACAAUAAGUAUACUUAAGCCGCAGGGAAUACAAUUUUGGACAUAUUUUCUUACUAUAAUUAUUUAAUAUAGUGAAUUAUUUAGGAAAUUAUGCUAGUGUUCAAAGGCGGAGUCGUGGGUUUUGUAGAGGGCGUUAUGAUAUAAUGAUCAUGUUAUGAUUGAUCAAAGUCGGGUUUUGGUCAGGUCUUUAUAGAGUAAAAUUCCUUCACACAGAGUGGGUACGGAAGGUUGAUUUUCGAAAUCUGAACCGCUGUUGGAACCGGUUCUUGCCAAACAAACAUUUGCACCUGUCAGGAGCUUUCAGGAGCUGGUAGCAGUUAGAUUGUUCUGUUUCUGCGACUGUCAAUUGUUUAAUGUUUAUUGAUGUAAUAUUUUGUACCAUUACGCCCUCCGUGAACUUAGACUCUGUAUUUGAACCUUGUCGGAACGAACGCAAUUGUACUUGACAGUAACUUAUUUGCUGUAGUAAAAAACCUCGAAGAUAAGUUUGAGGUUAAAAGGUAUUGCUGUAUUGCUUUAAUGUGAAACACAAAAAUAACACAAAUGGUGAUUUUAAGUCACUUCUCAGACGAUUGAAUACCUACUUAAAUUAAUUAAAAUUUUGAAUUGUAACUCCAUAUUAAAUUUAAUGGAUAACAUUAGCUGCAUGUUUUGUUAGGAAGUGUAAAGUACCUACGUUUCCACAAGACGGAGUUAAUUAGUAGAGAGGGUGGCGGGGCGACGGCUCGCUACACAUAUCGUUCUGUAUGUAACACACAUGUUUGUCGUUGUUUGUCUUCAGUCGAACAGCUUCCCGAGUGCACUAUGCUAUAUACCUAUCUGUACGCGGUAACAUGUGUUCGGCAUACGGAUCUCUAUAUUAUUAUCUGUAAUAGUUAUGAUUAGGUAGUGAAAAUCAAAUUCAUCUUUUAAUAACUAAUUUUUCGAGCGUUAUGUUCAUUUAAGAACUUCAAAGAGAUUUGAUAUUAUUGUUGGCAUUUGUAAUAGUGUUCAUAUUAGUGCAUGUGACGUAUAUCUAUCCUGUGACGUCAUCGAUGACAUCAAAAAAGAUGAACUCACAUGUCGCCAUCUGCAAUCUCUAUCGUAUUUUAAAACUUUUUCAUAAAUGCCGAAAACUACGAAAAGUUCCCGGAGUCGGGUUUACGACGCUUGAUGCAUGUAGUAUAAAAAACACCAGGAAUAUACAUUUCACACAUUAGAUAAGAUUAUAAUUGCUUUAAGAAAUUAUACGAAUGCAUAUAUUUGAAGUUGCACCGGAUCCGUCCUCGCAAAGGUCACUCAGUCCUGCUGCCGACCACGUCGCUCCGAUGGCGGCGCGUUGGUGGUUAUUGUCGUGGGGGAGGGGCAUAGCCUGUCCUAAUUUUAUCAGUUGAUCCCCAAUACAGCUGGAACAUAUAUCCUUGAUCGGAAAAAAACCGCCGGCUGUGCUACUACUGUUUACCACCACUGCAGUGUAAAGUAUUGUUUCAAUUUUAAGCUCUAUGGCUAAGACUGUCGGUGCAUUUGGCGAAGCUGUUCGUCCUUGUAAUAGUUGAAUAAUGAAUAGUUGUGCCCGGCGCUGGUCCGGGAGACACGAGGCCUUCAUUGUUUAGUUGUACGUCGCGACGGGCUCCGACCCGCUCACGAUUAUAUUUUGUAAAGAGUUGUUAUUUAUUUAUACAUUGUAUUUGUAUAUAACGGUGCGAAGUUUAAUAAAUUAAGCACUACUUAUUUGUUUGUUUUAUUUCAA